AUGGUAUUAUUUAAGCGGAAACCGGUGGCUAUUCCACCGCCCCAGGACAUCAAAGACAAGAAUGCCCAGGUGUGGUAUAUUCCCCAGACUGGCGAGAUCUUCGCGACCUAUGAGGAGUACCUAUCAAGAAUGGAUUUUUACAAACAGCCGCGGUUCAUCUGUCAGAUAACUGGCCAAUCGCGCCUGACCUUUUUCGACGCCCUCAAGAGUGAACUCGCCGGAGCCAAGGAAGUUGAACAAGCCUUCCCCGAAGCGCUUAAGGGCCCGGUCCUCCGCAAAGUGCAGUUCCAAACAGUUUCCCGUAUCGAUACGCUCGUUGACAAGAUCUACGAAGAGUUCCGCGCCGACUACUACCCUGGCGAAGCCGUGACGGUCGAGAUAUAUACUGGAGAGAAGCUGCAGGGUGUAGUAAGAGACAAGACCAGGUUUGGAAGCAAACAGCACCCGGACGGCUCGAUCAGCGACCCCUUUUCGCGUUAUUUUGUCAGUCUCGACGAUCGUCCCGACGAAGAAGCGGUGGUGGACGAUCAUCACAUUAGCAGGGAUCGAAAGAUCUUUACGAAAGCUGUCCUCCGGUCCUUUAUCAAGAGGACGGUUACUCGCGAGGCAUGGAAUGGAGCGCCCUGGUUGGUCAAGCACGAAUACGCGACGAUGUACCAUAUCGAUACCCGCGUCCCGGUCCAUCUCCGACAUGAUACGAAGCUGCAGGAGCGCAAGAUCUUAGCGGCGCAGAAGAAGGCACUUCAACCCUCAGGUACCAACGGCGUAUCAACCAACCAAGAACCUGUGCGCCUGCCCGAGUUGAAGCCGAAGAGCCACAAGGCCAAAUCUCAGCAAACCGGGGGCGGCAUGGAUCAGCACCAGGUCAAAAAGACAAAAGAUAGCGGCGGCAAGUUCUUACACAUGGUAUCACCGGAUAGCUCCUUCAAGUUCCCCACUGGUCUUCGCGGUAAUGUCCCCCAGAUCGUUCGUCCAGCAACCCCGCCUCCGCCUCCUCCGCCGAAAUAUCCCAUCGAGGAUCUGCAGGUGGGCCCCCGUGCUGGUGUUGUCCGGCCGAAGCUGCGAUUCUUGUGCAGUGACCCUCCUACAUCCACCGACGCUGUCAUUCCGCUCGCGGACAAGAUAAGGAUGGAGUCUGUGGGCCAGCUUCUGGAAACCUGGGAUACCCUCAACGUAUAUUGCGAAAUCUUCAUCCUAGACUCGUUUACGUUUGAUGAUUAUGUCGAAGCCUUGUGUGUGACUUCGGAAGAGACCCCAACCCAGCUGCUGGAGGAAAUUCACUGCAGCAUCCUCAAAGUUCUUGUGCGCUCGGAGCAGGACGGUGGCAAGGUAGAGAUCACGUUACCGGAGAUUGAAGAGGCCGACGAUGAGGAUGAAGAUGACGAGAAUGCCGACGCUACGCCUACUCCCGAACCAGAGCCCCAGCCUACCAAACGCGCCACUAGGAGUAGUCUUGCCAAACUCGAAGCCGAGCGACUAGCGGCCGAGGCUGCUGAGGCUGAGCGUCUGAGCCAAGUGGCGAAGCUUGCCCAUAGGGCCGAGGAGCUUCUGGAGGGCUAUGAUUGGAUCGAGCAAUUGCGAAAGAGAGACUUCAAGGACGGUGGAUGGGAGAUGAUUCUCGUGGGCCUUCUCUACCAACUAUCGAAAAACGAGCGAAAAACCGAACUCUGCGAGAAGCUGCUCGGCCAGCUCGUUCCUCCAAACAUCGAUCCAAGCCAACAAACGGUGGUUGAGCAAUACGCGGCCAUGGACGUCAACUUUAGAGUCCAGAUUAUCCAGCUCCUCUGCAUGCUUACGAUGGAGACCAAGGCUGUGAGGGGAUAUAUGGAGGAUUGCAGCGAGCAAAUGACCAGCUACCGUAAGGGCAAGAUCGAAUGGCAGAGGCAACGAAAGCAAGCGCUUGAGGAGCUUAAGGGUCUCAAUGAACAGCGUAAGAUUCUACUGCCGGACAAUAUGCCCCCAUCACCGCCUCCCGAGCUAGACAAGAGUACGGAGGAUGCCAAGGUGACGGAUACGCCGUCAUCUCCGGCCGAAACACACGCAACAGAAGACUCGGGAGAUGACGCGACAUCUCGUCGCGGGCUUCGACGAGCGCGUGAUAGAGCAGCUGAGAGGGAGAAGCGCCGACUAGCAGAGAUUGAGAAAAAGAAGGAGGCAGAGUUGGCGGCCAAAGUGCCUAAGCAGUCCAAGCAGUUCCUCAGGUUACUCAAGGAUAUUCAGCAAAAGGAGGAAUUUAUCAAGAGCUGCGAGGACGAGAUUGCUGUUUUCGACAACGACAUUCGCGAAGCCGACUGCCCACGCACACGAGUUCUUGGAAAGGAUCGAUUUUGGAACAGGUACUAUUGGUUCGAACGCAAUGGAAUGCCAUACGGCGGUCUUCCGGACAGCUCGACAGCGCACGCCGGAUACGCCAAUGGGUGUAUCUGGGUGCAAGGUCCCGACGAGAUGGAGAGACAGGGAUACAUUGACCUGCCGACGGAGUUUCAGAACGAGUACAAGGCCAAGUUUAACAUGACAAUCCCGGAACGGAAGGCGCGUGAGGAAGGAGCGACGAGCGUGUACAAUGCGUACCAAUGGGGCUUUUACUCAGAGCCAGGGGAGCUGGAGGAGCUGCUGAACUGGUUGGAUCCGCGUGGAUUCAACGAGCUCCGGCUGCGCAAGGAAAUUGUCGCCUACAAAGACAAGAUAAUCCAAGGCAUGGAGAACAGGAAGGCGUAUCUUACACCGGCCAAGAAGGAAGAGGAGGCGGAAGAAGAGGGCAAGAGCACGCGCAUGAGCACUAGGACGCGCACGCGACAGACACAGACCCCCGAGCUGCCCAACUAUCGGUGUAUCGGUUGGGAGAACACGAUGGCCAUCGAUCAGCUAGGCCACCUUCAUAUCGACCCGCCCCCUCCACCCCGACCGAAGAAGCAGGCUCGCAAGAGGGCAGCGUCAUCUGGUGGAGGACCACCAAGGAAGUCCCAGCGUCGUUGA